AAACCUUUGCUGCCAUUCCCCUGGAACCAGUGGAGCGCACUUCCAACUAGCCCCCUCUCUCUCUCGCAGUCAUCACUGGUUUGAUCUCUCUCUAAAACACGAAUACUUAGGUUCAAUCCUACAUUCAUCGAUCACCCAUCUCACUUAUCUUCUUCAAAAUUCAAAAUUUAUCGGAACUGCUCUGUUAUCAUCUAGGUAUCCAUCAAUGUUGUUUGCUAGUAAUAUCCGAACUUUAUUUUUUGUCGUUCGAUUAAGGGUUUUUGCCUGGAAUUGAGUUAAUUUGUUGAUAAAAGCUGGACUGGCUUUGGUUUUUCCUUGAUCAUCAACUUCUUAGAAAUAUAUGUUUUUCUUACUUGAAUGUUGUGGACUGGAAUUGGUUUCUUGGAACAGUUUUUUUGGUCGUGGCACAAUGUUUGUGCUGUAUCUUGAGAUUGAUGUAUAUUCGCGGUUCCAAUCAUGUAUGUAUAUAUUUAAAAUUUCGAAGAAAAUGAAACCUCAAGUGUCUGUAAGCGGUAGAAAUGGGUACCCACUUGGCUUUUUGAACCUAUUGAGCAAAUUACCUUUUCUUUCUAGGGUUUUUGAAAGAAUGCUUUUUAGUGUUUGAUGAUAAAUGUCGCCUUAUUCUCCAAUUAGGUUGAUGACUUAUUGAUGGUUUCAAGGUUGGUCAUAAAGCAGUCUUUUAACUGCCAACUAUGCACAACAACAUUCUAAAAUGAUGGUAUAACACCGCUUUGAGUUGCGACUUAUAUUUUGCAUUCUAAUUAGAUUUCUCUAAGAUAGUAGUUGUAAUUUCCUUUGGUUUUAUUUUCCGGUUUGCUUAACCCCUUUUUCAGUUGGUUCGGAUGAGAACUUUAUCAGUUCCCACCAUAUGUAUGUAUUACGUAGAUAUAAGUGUAUGUCAAGACGAACACAGUUUCUAUUUACGAAUAUUUGCCAUAUGCUUAUUCUGUUAUUUAAUUCCCACCUUCCAUACUAGGUUGCGCACAUAACUACAACAUUGUUCCUAUACUUGAAACCAGCAUCUUUUGUUUCUUGAAAAUGAUUAAUGUCGCUUUUUUUACUGAAACGAUCUGAUAUAUUUAUCCAAGAAAGAGCCAACUUCACAUGCUUUUGCUUAAACAUUCCAAUUCUACAGCCUCCAAAAUGUUCUAAAAUAUGUCAAAAUACAAACUUUUACACAAUUGUUGAAGUCAAGACUGCUGAUCCAAACAUCUGUAAGCUAAUAAAUUUUAAGGUUAUAGUUUACUGAUGCCAUAAGCACCGAAUUUAGUUUUCUUAACAUUUCAUUUUUGUGUUCAUCUCUGUAGUUCAUCUUGUUAUCUAUUUAUCUAAUUCUUCUUAACUGAUACUUUUUUAGAGCUUUUGUACUGAACUUACGUAGAGAUUUCUUAGAUCCAUCUCUCCUGAAUCUAUAUUCAAUAUAGGUUUAUAUAUAUUAGCAUCCCCAUUGGAUUUCCAUAAUUUAUGUGGCAUUUUCCAAGUAUGAUAGCCUUUUAAGGCGACAGAGCAAGUGCAUGCGCUGGGAGGUGGUAGACCUUUGCUGCAGAAAGAAAUGCGAAUCUCUGUUAUCCUAUUGGAAAGAAAAAGCCGUGGUUCGUCAACCACAAGUACAAUUGGGCUACAAGAGAAUGGAUUCUUUAUUUGCUCGGAUGGCCAACAAUUCUCAAUAUCCUGGCAUACAGCCUCCUCGACCUCCUGUUGCUCCCAUGGGUCCUCCUCAAAGUGCUUACCCACCGGUGCCAAUGCAAUUCCACCCAGCAGGUCCACCACGGCCGCCACCACCAUAUAUGCCUUUGGUGUCUCAACAGUUUUUACCUGUGGGGAGGCCAAACAUUGGACUGCCUUCUCAAUCGCAGCAACUCCAGUUGUCUCAGCCAAUGCCACAUCUACCUCCUAGACCUGGACCACCGGCACAUAGCAUGGUGCCACCUCCUCCACCUCCUCCUGUGCCAGCUCCCCAAGCUUUUUCAGUGCCUGAUGGUCAGCCGAUCAGGCCUGGAUUAUCUGUAUCACCUCAACCCCAACAUGCUGUUCCAAUGCAUAAUAAUUAUUUGCCCGGUCCAAGUGGCCCAAGGGUGCCUCUUUCUUUAACGUAUAGUCAGCUAUCAACAUCAGCAACUGCACAAAUACAUGUAAAUGCAGAAGCAACUAACCAGUACCAGCAAACAUCCUCAACGAAUAUGCCUAGUUUUCCUCUAAGUGGAUCGGCUUGGUCCUCAGAUGGCCAGACCACAAAGGCUGUUACACCUGUGUUGCAGCCUGCUGAACAGAUAUCACUUGCACCUUCUGUUCCAGUAACGAUUGAUGCAUCUAAAGCUGUCGGAAAGGCUCCAUCAGAUUGGAUUGAACAUACCUCUCGCAAUGGAAAAAGAUACUAUCACAACAAAAAGACAAAGCUGUCUAGCUGGGAGAAGCCUCUUGAUCUAAUGAGCCCGAUUGAGAGGGCUGAUGCAUCCACGGACUGGAAGGAAUACACUGCUCCUGAUGGAAGAAAGUAUUAUUACAAUAAGGGCACCAAGCAAUCAAAGUGGAAGAUGCCUGAUGAACUCAAGUUAGCUCGUCAACAAAUGAAGACUAAAUCUUCUACUGAAGAGCAGGAGCCAACGAAGGAUCCUGAUUAUGAAGCCUCAGCUCCGUCAGUGACUGGUCUCGUAUCUUUAGCCCGUGAUGCGGAUAGCCCAUCAUCUGGAGCUCAUGAAAUUGUGUCAAGCCCAGUUUCAGUGGCGCCUCUUGUUGCCGCUGCACAAUCAGGACCUGUAGUGACUGCUGAGUUCUCAACAGGAUCGAGACCGUCUUCUAAUGCGACUUCAAAUGCUGCUGAAGGGCAGGACGACCUUAAAACUGUGCCUAUUACUUCUGAAGAAACAGAAGUGCCUGCUACAUUGCUCAAUCCUGCUGCACCAGCAUUGAGCAACACUGAGGAUGUUUCAGCGAAAGAUUCUGUAGCUGCUGAAAAUGGACCUCCUGCUGGUAACAUAGAGGAAUCCGAGAAAGGCAAUGUAAUCAACCAUGGUGCCAAUUUUAUGGAAGAAAAAACACUUGAUCAGGAAAACCAAGUUUAUGAGAAUAAACAGGAUGCAAAAAUUGCAUUCAAGGCUCUUCUGGAAAAUGCAAAUAUUGCCUCCGACUGGACCUGGGAUCAGGCAAUGAGAGUAAUCAUCAAUGACAGAAGAUAUGGUGCUCUUAGAACACUCUCGGAGCGGAAGCAAGCUUUCAAUGAGUUUCUAGGACAAAAGAAAAAGAAGGAAGCAGAAGAGAGACGGAACAGACAGAAAAAGGCACGAGAAGAGUUUAAGAAAAUGCUAGAUGAUUCAAAAGAGAUUACGUCAUCCACUAAAUGGAGCAAAGCGAUUGCAAUAUUUGAGGAUGAUGACCGUUUCAAAGCUGUUGAGCGAUCUAAAGACCGCGAGGACCUAUUUGAGGAUCAUAUAAUGGAACUUGAGAAAAAGGAACGGUCUAAGGCUUUAGAGGAGCACAAGAGAAACAGAAAGGAGUUCAUUGAAUUUUUGAAAUCCUGUGACUUCAUCACGGCGAGCAGUCAGUGGCGGAAAGUGCAAGAUCGCUUAGAAGCUGAUGAAAGUUGCUUGCGCCUUGAAAAAGUUGACCGUCUAGAAAUUUUCCAAGAAUAUGUACGUGAUUUAGAGAAGGAUGAGGAAGAGCAACGGAAACUGCGGAUGGAAGAAUUAAGGAAAACAGAGCGUAAAAAUCGUGAAGAGUUUCGCAAGUUGAUGGAAGGGCAUAUUGCUUCUGGCAUGCUUACUUCAAAAACUCACUGGCGUGACUAUUGCAUUAAAGUAAAAGAUUUACCUGCAUAUUUAGCUGUGUCAUCAAACAGUUCUGGGGCCACCCCUAAAGAUCUGUUUGAAGAUGUAAUAGAGGAGCUAGAGAAGCAGUAUCUUGAGGACAGGGAUCAAAUAAAAGAAGCAGUGAAAAUGAGAAAGGUUUCCAUUUCCUCUACAUGGACUCUUGAAGAAUUCAAGAGUGCAAUUGCCGAAGAUAUUAGCUCAUACACAAUUUCAGAUGUCAAUUUAAAGCUUGUAUUUGACGAGUUACAAGAGAGAGUUCGCGAAAGGGAGGAGAAAGAAACGAAAAGGCGUAAACGUCUUGCAGAUGACUUUUAUUUGUCUUUGAGCACUUCUAAGGAAAUUACUUCAUCUUCCCGAUGGGAGGACCUUAAACCCCUCUUUGAAGAUAGACUGGAAAGCUGGUUUACAGUGGAAGAAAGCUUCUAUAGGGAGAUCUUUGACAAAUACAUGACAGAACUAAAGAAAGCAAGAGACGAGCGGAAGCACAGAGAGGAAAAGGCGAAAAAGACCGUGGAUAGAGAUAGAAGGACGUCAUCAAAAUCAAGAAGGGACAAGGAACGAGGUAAGAAAGAUAAGCGUAGAAAGGAAGAAACAGAUAGUGAUAAUGGUGAGGAGAAUAGAAGGUCAGGAAGAGAAAAGGACAAGAAGCACCGAAAGCGGCAUCAUCAGAGUUAUUUGGAGGAUAUGAGCUUGGAAGAGGAUGAGAAAGAGAAAGAUCGAUCUCACAGACACAGUAUUGAACGUAAAAGGACAAAGCAGCAGCAGUUGGAGCAACAGUCAUCUGCUACUGCUGGUUCAGUUGAAUAUGAGAGCCGACACAAGAGAUACAAGAGAGAUCAUAGACACUACGAUGAUCAGAAAGAAGCUGAGGAUGGCGAAGUUUGGUAGUGUUAUUUUACUGCUUUCCUUUCCUUUCCUUUGUAGAUAUAAUUUUGCCUUCUAUAUAGAUUAAUGUUACCCAUUGAUGUUACCCAUUGCUUACUGUUUUAUGUGAUUAUUGCAAUCAUGUUUCUCUUUUCUCCA